UGGGUGGCACUUUGCCAUCUUCAUCAGCACGGCGGCUGCAGGCAGACGCAGAAAGAUGGCUGCUUUAAUGCUGUGGCUCCUCGGAGUUGGAGUUCUGUUUUUGGGUUCUGAUGCGCAGGAGGCUUACGACGACCUCCCAGAAAUCCUCAGGAUAGGAGUGGAUCUGGCUUUGACGAACGUCAACAAUCACUCCUCCAUCCAGCAGCAUUUUCUCUUCUUCAACAGCGUCUCACAGAUGAAGGAGGAGCUUGGCUUCAAUUUGAGAUACAUCUCUCACCAUUUUAACCUGAAAGCCACCGAUUGCCAGAGAGGAGUGAACGACACCUCAGAGUGUCAGUUCAGAAACGACAGACCGCUGAUCGACUGCUUGGUGUGUUACAAGACCUUUGAGGGAGAGAUCGAGAAUCCUCCCACUCCCUACCUUCACUGCAUCCACAAGCCAAAGCUGACGGAGGAGAUGAGAAGGAUCAGAGCGGAGCAAUGCAGCCGAAUGGAAUACAGGAGAGGAUCUGCAACUCUUCUGGGAGUUGUAGAUCCCCAAAAAAGAAAUUAAAGACUAUAGAGGAAGCUACUAGUUAUAAAAAAAAAGGCAAUAUAAAAGAAUUCAAUAAUAAAGUAAGGGGAACCUUUUCUGUAAAAUCACAUAUUUCUAGAAAGUUUAUCUUUGUUGUAGAAAACGUCAGUUUAUUUUAAACAUUUUUGUAUCUCUGCACCUUUAUUUACAAGGUAUGUACCUGCAAUUAUCGGGGUUCACUCUUCAUUGAGUCUAUAUGUUUUUGAUGUAAUAAAUGCCUUUUUGUCAUAUUCAUCCUAUUUCUGACAAAACGUUUUUUUAGUUUGUUAUGCAACAAAGGUCUUAUGAAGCAAGUUCCACGCUGAUGCUAUGAUUUUUAUCUGCUGAAAUGAAUUUAAAACCACAAAUUGUGGAUGUUAUGUAAUGUUAUUCGUUCUUUUUGUCCAAUAAUAAAUAGUAUAAUAAAUA